AUGUUCACAUGUGUGGUGUUCACGUGUGUGGUGUUCACAUGUGUGGUGUUCACGUGUGUGGUGUUCACAUGUGUGGAGUUCACAUGUGUGGUGUUCACAUGUGUGGUGUUCACGUGUGUGGUGUUCACAUGUGUGGUGUUCACGUGUGUGGUGUUCACAUGUGAGGUGUUCACAUGUGAGUUGUUCACAUGUGAGGUGUUCACAUGUGUGGUGUUCACAUGUGUGGUGUUCACAUGUGUGGUGUUCACAUGUGUGGUGUUUACAUGUGUGGUGUUCACAUGUGUGGUGUUCACAUGUGUGGUGUUCACAUGUGUGGUGUUUACGUGUGUGGUGUUCACGUGUGUGGUGUUCACGUGUGUGGUGUUCACAUGUGUGGUGUCCACAUGUGAGGUGUUCACAUGUGAGGUGUUCACAUGUGAGGUGUUCACAUGUGAGGUGUUCACAUGUGUGAUGUUCACAUGUGUGGAGUUCACAUGUGUGGUGUUCACAUGUGUGGUGUUCACAUGUGUGGUGUUCACGUGUGUGAUGUUCACAUGUGUGAUGUUCACAUGUGUGGUGUUCACAUGUGUGGAGUUCACGUGUGAGGUGUUCACAUGUGAGGUGUUCACAUGUGUGGUGUUCACGUGUGUGGAGUUCACGUGUGUGGUGUUGACAUGUGUGGUGUUGACAUGUGUGGAGUUCACGUGUGAGGUGUUCACGUGUAUGGAGUUCACGUGUGUGGUGUUCACGUGUGUGAUGUUCACGUGUGUGGUGUUCACGUGUGUGGAGUUCACGUGUGUGGAGUUCACGUGUGUGGUGUUCACGUGUGUGAUGUUCACGUGUGUGGUGUUCAC